AAGAUUUCUUAAAGCUUUUUUUAUAUAGAGUGACUUCGAUCAAACUCCGAUUAGCUUGUCGCAGUAUCCGCGAUAUUUUGUUAACGUGGGUGAAGUAAUUUCUCAUUGAAAGAUUAGUCGGAGGACGGAAACAUGUGUAGUAUAAUCAGAAGUUUCACCGCAAUUCUGCCGAUUAUUAAUCAAGAAUUGCGGUAAACGUAAGCAUGAACGUAUUUUCUUUCAAGUACAGAAAUGUGGUUCUGGGGGUGACCGCAACCGUCGUUGGAUAUUACGCGGUCCUCAUGCCGCAUACUAUCUUCCUAAAGAAAUACAGAUAUAUAACAGCUACGUAUCAGAUGGGCAAAGAGAUGCCGUUAAGCUUUAAAAUCCAACAGAAAAUCCAGAAGGUGAUGGACGACUUGAAGCUACCCGAUAAUGUCAGGGACGCUAUAAAGCCCUUCAGCGUGUUCGGCUUUGAUGUGCUUCACGCUGGCACUCUCAACGCCAGGUAUGGCGCGAUACUUGGGAUUCCCGCUAACUUCACCAGUACAACAGAGCAGCUCCAUGAUAAUCUACAGAUUAAAGACGAACCAGUGGACUGGACGCGACAGGACGCGCAGUCCUUUUUAAAAGCAAUGGCGCUCUCAGAGGGUGCACAAAAGUUUGCGAUAGCACGCGAAAUUUUGCGAAUUCAGAUGGAAGAACCUUACUUCAAUUCCCUCGGACUUGCUCUAAUCAUCGCGUCCCUGUUGACAUUGUAUAGCGUUUUAUCGUACAGACUUAGACUGCGCGAUAACGUGAUAGGGCGGCGCACAUUCUACGUAGUCUUUCCCUUGUUUGGUGCAACGUUGUGGUUUGGAGUGAAGGACUAUCGGAGCUGUCGGCUCGACAGGGAAAACGACGAAGCUCUGUGUCGUUUAGGAGCCGAAUACAUCAAGGGGGGCCAGGAAUUUUACGAGAAAUUGUUAAUUAGAAACAAAGCUCUGAGGACUCUCCUGGGAAAAGAGGGUAAAAGUAUAUAUACCGUUUAUGGAAACGAAGUGAGUCUCCUGAGGCAAAAACACAUGCCGAUCACUCAGAGAAAGGAUUUCUUUGAUUCACACCUACGAAACUUGGAAGGUAUGAAAUAAAUUGAUUUCUUUACACUUAGAAUUCUAAGCAAAGUAUUUUUUUACGUGUACCAUCCAAAAUCGUCGAACAAGUAAAAUUUUAAUGAUGAUUUUUGAGACACGUUGUUUUUUACAUAAAACAUAUCAUUUUGUUUAUAAUAAAUAAAAAGAUAUGUUUAAUUAAAAUACAUUAAUUAUAAUUGCAUGAUUUAACAAUUUUAUGCACAUAAAAAAUAAAAUGCGAUGUUGCGUAACAAAGUAUCUUGUGAUUGGAAAUCAUUAAUGUAUAGUAUAAUUAAUUAAUGGACAUAUAUAUGAAUAGAUAAUACUUCUAAUGUUAUCAGACAAUUGAUUGUUGAUUGAUGAUAAGAUGUGAUAUCUGUAAUAAACUAUUUGAAACAGUA